AUUUGUCAAUGAUAAUAGAUUGUGUAGUGGAAUUCGAUCGUUUUGUUUCUUCAUUCUAUUUUAUAUAAUUAUAAAUAUUUUUUAAUUAGUUACUAUAAAUUAAAAUGGGUCUAGACAUUAUAGGUUUCGCUUAUGCAGCUACCGUUGCCGCGGGUGGCGUUAUGGGAUAUGCAAAAGCAGGAUCUAUACCUUCACUCGGAGCUGGGCUUAUUUUUGGAUCUAUUCUAGGUGUGGGCGCAUACCAACUUAGCCAGGAUCCUUCAAAUUACACUCUGAUGAUGGGGACAACUACAUCCCUAGGAGGUCUCAUGGGCUAUAGGUAUUAUAAUAGCAGAAAGUUCAUGCCAGCAGGUCUCAUGUUUGUCUUAUCAGUGGGAAUGUUUGCGAAGCUGCUAGUUAAGAAUGUCACCGCCUCUCCAAUGGCUGUGAAAUCUAAUUAAAACUUAGUGCUCAAGUAAAAGUGUUUAGUGUAUCAAAUGUUUUAAUUGAAAAAUCACAAAGAUUUCCCGUCAACACUAUAUACUUUUUUCUACCAGUAACUCAAGCAGUAGUAAAAUAUUUAUGGUUGAAAUUCAAACAGCCUAGUUUUUUUUUUUUGGUAAUUCAUCUUAAGCCUUCUUAUGUUAGCGUACUAUGUGUUAUGUUGCAUUUUAACUUUUGAUACGUAAAUGAGUCAAGUCAUGAUAAUAUAUAGGUUUGACAGUGACGUUUUCCGUGUGUGUUAAGAUAAAAAUGUAUUUCUUUAAAUCAUAUUAAUGUAUCGUUGAUCCUUUGUUUUUAUUUUUGUUAUUUGAAUGUGUAAUAAAAAUGGUGUCGGAAUUGUU